ACACAGCUUUGAUUCACUUUGUCAGUAUCGUGUUCUUUGCACCGCACAGACUCAAAUAACAUGAGCUUGGACGGCUUCCAGAAGGCCCUAGGGGACCUUCAGGCCCACUGCUCCAAGCUGCUCGGCAACCUCACCCGUCUCCAGCCUAACCGCAGCUCAUUUCCAGCCCUUCGCACCAGCCCGCCCUGGGCCCGGAUAGCCCCACCGGGCCGGAGCAGGCCCAUGUCGGUCGAGGCAAUCGAGGAGCGCUUGGAGGGCAUACCCGUUUACGCCCUCAGCAACGCUUCGGAAGAGUUUCUCUUGGUCUCGGGCUCUUCAGCCGGAAAAAACCUUGGUCUCUUCUGCUUCAAUAAGGACGACGCCGAAGCGCUCCUCAGCCAGGUCACGCUUAUCGAACCUCACGCUCGCGCGGGCUCCAAAGUCGUCCCCAUUGCGCUUAACAAGGUAUUUCAGCUCAAGGUGAACGGCGUUGCCUUUAGAUUGAUACCGGAGUUUUCUCAAAUACAGAAUGCUCUCAAAGAAAGGGAAAAAUCUGGCUCUGCUUCCAAUGGCUUUUCUGGUGUUCCAGUUUUCCAGUCCAGAAGUCUGAUAUUGAAGAACGAGAAUAAGAGAUAUCGUCCACUUUUCUUCAGAAAGGAGGAUUUGGAAAAUACACUGAAAUCGGCAGCCCGUGAUCAGAACAGAUUAAAUCCCACUAUGAGACGAGGGGAUAUCCAGGUUGCCACUCUAGAGGAUAUAAUAAAAGAAAUGAGGGAAAAUUCUACAUCGAACUGGGAUGAUGUUAUUUUUAUACCUCCUGGAUUUGAUGUUUCUGACGACUCCAAUGAGCAUUAGGGCAUCAUGAUGAUCAUUCAUGUCAUGUUUUAUACUUCUAGGUAUGACAAACAGUUUAGAUUUUGUGCAUACUACAAACUUCUGAGUGCAAACUCUUGUAGUCUUCAAUAUUAAAUGUUAUUGGACUUUGCGUUUUCUACUUUAGUUUUUGGUUGUCAAGUAGGUUUUAAAGAACUUUGUAAUCUUUAUCACUGCUAUAAGAACUUGUUUGUCACCAAA